GUGUGUUUUUUUUAUGGGACUCUUGCUUAUUGAUUGAUCUUAUGCUCUGCUAUUAUUCAACUUGUUUUAGUUUUGUAUUGUGGAGCUUUACAGUCUUUGGAAUCAAAUUUUUUUUUUUCCUCGAAUUUUCGGAAAUAGUCCGUCAAACAAGUUUUUAUUUUGUGUUCCCAUUUUUUUUUUUUUAAAAAACAAGAAGAAGAAAAAGCAGAUUGUUUCUGCUUCUUUUCAUGUGGGAUAUAUGAAAUUGAUUGGUUAACAAAGUAUUUCUUCAAUUUUUGGUGGCAGCUGCUGUGGCAUGGGAAGCAGGGAAGCCACUGGUGAUAGAAGAAGUGGAGGUGGCGCCACCGCAGAAGAUGGAGGUUCGUGUGAAGAUCCUCUAUACCUCUCUCUGCCACACUGAUGUUUACUUCUGGGAAGCCAAGGGCCAAAACCCCAUCUUUCCUCGAAUCCUCGGCCACGAGGCAGGAGGGAUUGUGGAGAGUGUUGGGGAAGGAGUGACUGAUCUUGCACCGGGUGAUCAUGUCCUUCCAGUCUUUACAGGGGAAUGCAAGGAAUGUGCUCACUGUAAAUCUGAAGAGAGCAACAUGUGUGAUCUCCUUAGGAUCAACACAGACAGGAGAGUGAUGAUCCAUGAUCAAAAAUCAAGAUUCUCAAUCAAUGGCAAACCAAUUUUCCAUUUUGUUGGAACAUCCACCUUCAGCGAGUACACGGUAGUCCACGUUGGUUGUCUCGCCAAGAUUAACCCCCUCGCUCCUCUUGACAAAGUUUGUGUUCUUAGUUGUGGAAUCUCCACAGGAUUUGGUGCCACCGUGAAUGUUGCCAAGCCAAAAAAGGGCUCAACUGUGGCUGUCUUCGGAUUGGGAGCUGUAGGCCUGGCUGCUGCAGAAGGGGCCAGAGUGUCUGGUGCUUCAAGAAUUAUUGGUGUGGAUUUGAAUUCUAACAGAUAUGAACAAGCAAAGAAGUUUGGUGUGACAGAAUUUGUAAACCCUAAAGACUACAACAAACCAGUUCAAGAGGUGAUUUCUGAGAUGACCAAUGGAGGAGUGGACAGAAGCGUUGAAUGUACUGGAAGCACUGAGGCCAUGAUCUCGGCAUUUGAAUGUGUCCAUGAUGGCUGGGGUGUUGCUGUUCUUGUGGGAGUCCCUCACAAAGAUGCUGUGUUCAAGACACACCCUGUGAAUUUCCUAAAUGAGAGGACACUUAAGGGCACUUUCUUUGGAAACUACAAACCCCGAUCUGACAUUCCCUCUGUUGUUGAAAAAUACAUGAACAAAGAACUUGAACUGGAGAAGUUCAUCACUCAUCAAGUCCCAUUCUCAGAGAUCAACAAGGCCUUCGAAUACAUGCUAAAAGGGGAAAGCAUUCGAUGCAUCAUCAAAAUGGAGGAAUAGAAAGACAUGAAAUCCUUAGCAUCGGAUGCAGUAGACUCUGCAUUGAUUGUUUGUGAAAUAUUAAUAAAAGUUUUUGGUUGGAUGUUUGUUUAUGUACAUAUAUGUAACAAACAAGUUUUUCAUAUUGAUUUUUCAUUUAAAAAGAAAAAAAUAAACAAAAAUCCGUUCUUGUUCUUUGCUCUAAUGUGUGGUGUGAGUUGUUGAUGUGUAAUUCAUUCGGUUUUAUAGCAUUACAGCAUUUUAGUA